UAAGUCGCGUGCACGGACCGUUUGCUGACCGCCUGAGGGAAUUUAAAUGCUAAAAUGGCGCGAGAUUUCGUAACGGAAGAUCCCACAAGAUCUAUAAAGUCGAUAACAGGUGCUCUCACGAUACAGGACAAAGGUCAAGGGUCAGAGGAUGAGCGUCCAUCUGUCUCUCUCGCCGACAGCGGAGGGGCUGAUCUGUGUGUGUCCCUGCUGUUCUGGACCCUGCAGGUGAAGAAGAGUAAAGGCGCUCCGGAGCGCAGCGGCGGUCUGUCUCUGGCCGAUCAGAUCCUGCAGGGAGACGCGGUCCGGUCCAGCGGCCGCCUGAAGAACCGGAGCCGGAGCCGGAGCGAGGAGGAGCAGGAGUACGUGGACGAGAAACUGUCCAGAAAGAUCCUCCAGCAGGCCAGAAUACAACAGGAGGAGCUGCAGAGCGAGCUAGGACCCACUCCAGAGACCAGGAGACCACCGGCCACUCAACUAGGUCCGAGCACACAGGACGGAGACUCUGAUGACGAUUGGCCAGCGCUGGGCGACGAUGCGGCGGAGGAGACGGGCGACGAGGUGGACGUGGAUCCUGAGGACGAGAAGGCCAUCGAGAUGUUCAUGAACAAGAACCCGCCGCUCAGACGCACGCUAGCCGACAUCAUCAUGGAGAAGAUCACGGAGAAGCAGACGGAGGUGGGCAGCGUGAUGUCCGAGGCGUCAGGGCGCGCCACUCCUCAGCUGGACCCGCGGGUGCUGGAGGUGUACAGAGGAGUCAACAAGGUCCUGUCGAAAUACCGCAGCGGGAAACUGCCCAAAGCCUUCAAGAUCAUCCCGGCUCUGUCCAACUGGGAGCAGGUUCUGUACCUCACCGAGCCCGAGACGUGGACGGCCGCCGCCAUGUACCAGGCCACCAGGAUCUUCUCGUCGAAUCUGAAGGAGCGGAUGGCUCAGCGCUUCUAUAAUCUGGUUCUGCUGCCCAGGAUCCGAGACGACAUCGCCGAGUACAAGCGGCUGAACUUCCACCUCUACAGCGCACUGAAGAAAGCGCUCUUCAAACCCGGAGCCUGGUUCAAAGGAAUCCUGCUGCCGCUGUGUGAAUCCGGCACAUGUACUCUGAGAGAAGCCAUCAUCAUCGGCAGCAUCGUCACCCGAUGCUCCAUCCCUGUGCUGCACUCCAGCGCUGCCAUGCUGAAAAUCGCAGAGAUGGAGUACAACGGAGCCAACAGCAUUUUCCUGCGGCUGCUGCUGGAUAAGAAGUACGCGCUGCCCUUCCGCGUGCUGGACGCUCUGGUCGCGCACUUUCUGUCGUUCCGCACGGACAAACGAACGCUGCCGGUGCUGUGGCACCAGAGCCUGCUGACGCUGGUGCAGCGCUACAAAGCCGACCUGUCCUCCGAACAGAAGGAGGCGCUGCUGGAGCUGCUGAAGUGUCAGACGCAUGCGAAGAUUUCAGCCGAGAUCCGGCGCGAGCUGCAGAGCGCAGAGUCGCGCGACCUGGAGGACGCUACGCCCGCCAUGACCGUCGACUGAGCCGCCGCGGACUCCAUCGUAACGCGAUUGUGUUGCAAUAUAUUUCACAUUCUUUGCAGUAAUGCAUUGUUCGUAUUUUUGGACUAAGCUUUUGGUUAAAACUUGUGUUACUAGGUAAUAAAAUGACGUUAUAUAAACU